AUGAAAAAAACAAAUUUUAUUAAUAUUUAUCUACAAUUAUUUAUUAUUUAUAUACAAAUUUUUAGUAUUAAAAAUGAUAGCAAUUUAAAAAUUAUAAAUAAUAAAAUAUUUAAUUAUAAAAAUGAAAAUAUUUAUUAUGAUAAUAAUAUUGUAUCAAAAUUCUUAUAUAAUAAUGUAAAGAUAUUUUGUUUAAUAUUAACAGGACCUCAAUAUAUAACAAGUAGAGUUAAUUAUCAGAAAGAAACGUGGUUAAAUAGGUGUAAUGAUUUUUUAUAUGUUUCAUCGUUAUCAAAUAUAUCAUUACCUUCAAUUGGUGUAGAUGUAGUGGAAGGACGUGAUACAUUAUGGGAAAAAAUAAGAUAUGGAAUAGAAUAUGUUUAUAAAUAUUAUUUUAAUAAUUAUGAUUGGUUUUUACUUAUUGAUGAUGAUAGUUAUGUAUUUAUGGAAAAUUUAAGAUUUUUUUUAUUAUCAAAAAAUUCUAAUAAUUUAUUACAUUAUGGAUUUAGAAUGAAAGAUUUAAAAUCUACAAUAAAAGAAGGUUAUAUUCAAGGUGGUAGUGGUGAUGUUUUAAGUAAAAUGGUAUUAAAAAAAUUGGUUAAUAUAGGAUUUAAAAAUGAUUCAAUAUGUAAGAAAUAUUCUGAUAAUUCAGGAGAUGUUGAGUUAGGUGAAUGUUUAUCAAAUAUUGGAAUUAAAAUAGGUGAAAGUAGAGAUUUUUUAUCACGUUUAACAUUUAUUCCAGGACCACCAGAUGCUUUUACAGGUGUUAGUGAUAAUUCUAUAUAUAAGUCAUUUAAUAAACUUAGCUAUUAUAUGUUUAAAAGAGGACAUAAUAUGUAUAUUAUUGAAUACUUAUUGUAUCAAGCAAAUGUAUUUGGUCGUCAAUCUACAUUUAAUUAUAAUAUAACAAGAAAUAAAAUAAAUGAUGACUAUUUAAAAAAAUUACUUUAUAAAAAAUUAAAUAAUAAUUUAUAA